CAGCGCCCCGCACUGACCCGUACCUUUAUAAAUCCUUAAGAGGCCAAGAUCUAACCCAUUUAUCUAAUCAUAGAUUUUCAAGCUAUAAGAUGAUACUAACAUCCACCACUUCGUACAGCUUCCAUCUAUCCAAACAAGUCCAGCACCGUCCCCUUGCCUAAUGUCGGUCUUACCCCUCUCUUUCUCACCUGCUUAGAACAACAUAACCAUCAUCAAAUUCCACCUGAAGUUCAUCGUUAUGUUCUAUAGCCGACGAAGGCAUUUAUGGGCAUCCACAACACGCCGACUAAUAUCACAACUUUGGGAGUCACCAAAGCUAUCUCAAAAAUUUACUUCUCUUCUUAGCUCAGGAGUGUCUACAAGAAAUAUUUCCACCGCCAAGAAACCAGGGAAACUUCAAGAUGUCUCAGGAACAAACCAACCGAGCACGCCACGCAUCGCGGACAUUGUAAUGGGAAUAGAGGACUGUGGUGUUACCAUUGAACGUGGGCAGCUGGAGAUAACAUCAAGCGAACGCAGUCGUCGAGGCCAUAGAACAGCGCUCGUACUUUCGGGAGCGAGUCUAUCAUUGACUCACUAUGACUUUCGUAGGAUGCUAAAAUCUAAAGACUAUAGCUUGAAGGGGCUAGAAGAAGUCCUACCUAUACGGGAUCGUCAAACGCUCCAACGCUCCGAUUCUUGGCUCCUAAUCUUUACCUCUCCGGCCUAUGCCGUGGAAUAUCAACAAAGGGUCAUAGAGUUGCAAGAACUCUAUCUUAGGCAAGUGGCUCCUACUACAACGACAACAUUGGAUAGGCCAACCGAAGCAUCCACGAAUGGCAGGGUCAAACAUGGCGAGCACUUUAACUAUGCACUUGGUUCAACACUACGUAAUGUUUCUGUAGCAGCACAGCUAUUCCCGUUCGAUUUCAAGUUACAGCGCACAAUUGGGAUCCACAGAGGACUGCGCCAACCAGGAUCCUCGGGAAACAAGCUCUUCCCUGUGAAACUACAAUUGAAUUACGUCUCUUUUCCUUCUUUGGACUCACAUCAUAUCAGAAAGCUUCUUAAGCUAGAUGGUAUUAUGAGGGGCCGAAGAUGGGCUUUACCAGAAACAGACGACGCCGUUAUUCAAAUAGAGCCGACAACUGUGUUAGGAUUAUCCCAAAUAAAUCUCGAGGGUACGGGCAGUCUAAGUCAGUCAACCUUCAAUUUCAUGAGAAUGUGGCGCGUUAAUUUCCUCACUUCCUUUGAGGCUGCUCGUUUCGCUCGCGUCUGGCACCAGAAGCCGCUUCCAAAGCUUGGAAAUGAAGAUCUCCAUGUACCCAGUCCACAUGUGAAAGCGGAGUGCAUUUUCCGAUAAAAAUGUUAUGCUAUACUGUGAGACCUUGUCAUUGUUGCAUAACGUUCCCUAGAAACCAGCAUUGAACUCUAGGGCAAAUCAGUUUGUAAGGGAUAUUAUACAUAACCCUUCUCUUCACAUCGUCAUAAUUGUCGGUCUUAAUUGAAGGACUAGUGGCUACUUUGUUCCCUCUUU